UAUUUAAGAUCACAAAUAUAUAGGACAUUGAAGAAUAAUACUAUUAAAUGGGAAAAUAAACAAAAAGAAAAAUUGGAUAGCCUGAAAAAAAAUUUAUUGUCAUCAUUUCAAAAGAUUUUAACAGAUUUUUCCAACGAAAGUCUUUCUAAGGAAGUUCUUAAAUAUAUAUUAAUAGCAUUUAGACAACAAUUGGACAUGAAAGAAAAAACAAUAGAUCAAAAGCUUCGGAUAUAUUUAAAAAAAGGUUGGAUGGAUACAAAUACAGCAGCAAAUCAUGCUUAUAGCCAAAGUUUUGGUGCAUACAAUAUUAAUGCAAUUCGAGAAUACCUUAAGAAUCCAACAGAAUAUAUGUCCAACCUUUUUAAUACUGAAUAUAAUAAAUAUAGCGAAGCUUUGAUAGAAUCCGUACUACGUGAAAUUGAUGAAUAUUAUAUAAAUACAAAGGAUAAUAUACUAAAUGGUAUACCUGAAUGGAAUAAAUUAUUCGAAAAUUAUGAUCAAUUGUCAUUAUCAAAAUUUUUUCAUUAUUUGUCUGGGCAUUCAAAUUCUCAAGAAUAUAAUUCAUUAAGAGAAGCCGUACCAAAAUAUGAUCUUUUUGAAAUUUUAAAAGAUUCAAAUAAUUUGCUUGGAAGUUUUAUUAUUGAAAAUCCCGUUGAUUUUUGUAACUUACUUUGUAAAUCCCUGAUUGAAAGUCUUACAAAUAUGCAAACUACAUGGAUUAAUACAGAAAGAUUUAUAAAAAAAGAAAGAAUACAAGCUCAUUUGGAAACAAAAAAUACCUUAAUGUCUUAUUGGGAUCGACUUGGUUGUUCAGCAAGAUGUCCACUUUGUUCUUCCAAGUGUGAGUUACCAGAUGAUGGUCAUACCCAACAUCAAGUAUCUAAACAUUUACUUCCAGCUUUUACCGGUGUUUGUGAUGUAAAAACAAGGUUUCCAACUUUAAUCAUAUGUACUGAAGAUGAAGCUCAUAACACUAGCACAUGGGGAUGUAAUGAGGAUUCAAUCUAUUUACCACUCACCAAAUUUUUGUCUAAGUAUCAUCCGUCAUGGCUUCCUUUUCCUCGCUCAGAACCUUCUGAUGAACAUGUAGCAAAAAUGCGUGCAAUCUGGUGGAAACUUAAAGAUGAACUUUGUGAAAAAUAUGACAUGACUGAUAAUACUAAUCCAUUAUGGGGACCAAGAUACGAAAAUCUCAUUCCAGAAUAACAGGAAACAAUUUUUUUUUUGCUUAGUUAUUUUGUUUUUAUUUACAUGAUUAUACUACCUGUACA